AUGACUGACCAGCGAUUGGUCGAAAUUCGCGAGGAAACAGCGCGUGAUGAAGAACUGACUGAAGCCAUGAAAAUCACGCUUGAAGGCUGGCCACAACAUAGCCGUAAUGUGCCCGCCUCUGUACUUGAACUGUACAAUGUUCGACAUGGAUUGUCGGUGUCCGAUGGACUAUUGCUCAUGGGUGAUCGAAUCGUUAUUCCGCGGAAAAUGAGGUCCGAUAUACUAGCCCGUAUUCACGAUGGACAUCAGGGAGUGAAUAAGUGCCGCGAGCGCGCGAAUAUGUCUGUAUUCUGGCCAGGCAUAAACUAUGACAUUCAAUGCAUAGUGAAGGAAUGCGAACAUUGCCAGAUUCGCAGUCCCACACAAAGACAUGAGCCGAUGAUAUCUACGCCUCAGCCAGAUCGCCCCUGGCAGAAAAUAGCAGCCGAUUUCUGCGAAGUCGAGAAAGUGAAAUACCUUGUGGUCAUAGACUAUUACUCGAAGUGGCUUGAGAUAAUCAAGAUGAAUGAUACCCGAGCCGCUAGUGUGAUUGCUAAGUACAAGACUCUGUUUGCUAGGUGGGGCGUGCCGCAAGAACAUUUCUCUGAUAACGGCCCGCCAUUCGAUUCAAACGCGUUCAAAGACUUUGCCAAUGAAUAUGGCAUAAUGCUGACCACAAGUAGCCCGCAUAAUCCACAGGCCAAUGGCCAAGCCGAAAGUGGAGUCGCUAUCGCGGAAAGAAUUCUGCCCCAGAAUGAUCCAGUGAAAGCACUGAUGGUGUACAGGGCAACACCAGUUGUCUCAACAGGACAUAGUCCUAGUCGUCUAAUGAUGGGACGUGAGAUGAGUACAACAUUGCCGAUACUCUCAAAGACACUAGCACCUCAUUGGCCUGAUCGCGAAAGACUGUCAGAGAAUGUAAAGAACACGCAAAUGAACUAUGAAAAACAGUACAAUAGGAGGCAUGGAGUUAGGCCUAUGCCUGAACUAAUGCCUGGUGAUCGGGUCCGAGUCAAGUUGGACAAUGAGUCCAAGUGGGGACAGCCCACUACCGUCGUUAGACAGCACGAAACCCCUCGAUCAUAUGUCGUGCAGUCACAGUCAGGAAGGGAGUAUCGUCGAAAUCGCCGCCAUUUACAACUUCUCCCGAAGACAAAUGGCAGCAACAGCAAGGACAAAGCUUCGGACUCGUCCGAGUCACAACCAGCCGUACCGGUACAUACAAAUGUACAGCCAAGUAUACAGCCGAAUCCAGUACGAGAAACCCCAGCGUCGACUCCGAGUACGAAUGCCGAAUCGUCAAUGUCACAACCAGUGACUACGAGAUCCGGGAGGACUGUGAAGCCUCCAGGUUGGCAGAAAGACUUUGCGAAAUAG